UUGCAAAAACAGUUGGAAACGCCACAAGAGAAGAGAGAAAAGGUGAGGUUUCCGACUCGCAUAUUCAACAACACGCUAAAAAGCAAAGAAUUUCAAAUCUUCAACGCGAAGAAUAUAUAUACACACACACAUCUCUCUCUCUCUCUCUCUCUAAAUAUAUAUUUUUUAGUCACCCAAAUCCAGAUCCAAUUCCUUUUACCCCGAUUCUUUCUUUUGGGAAAUCCGAUCGAAAAUCCGUUGAGAGGCCUUUUCAAUUUCGCAUCAAACUGGUCCACGCCCUGCCGGCUCGGAUUGGAAUUGUGAUAUGCAGAGCCAGCUAGUGUGCAGUGGGUGUAGGACCGUUCUUCUUUAUCCUAGAGGAGCUACAAAUGUAUGUUGUGCAUUAUGCAAUGCAAUCACCUCAGUUCCACCUCCUGGGAUGGAAAUGGCUCAGCUGAUAUGUGGAGGUUGCCGUACAUUACUUAUGUAUACACGUGGGGCUGCAAGUGUGAGAUGCUCCUGCUGUCAAACGGUGAACCUUGCGCCAGCGUCUAAUCAGCUCGCUCAUGUCAACUGUGGAAAUUGCCGGACCACACUGAUGUACCCAUAUGGAGCUCCUUCAGUAAAAUGUGCCAUUUGCCACUACAUAACAAAUGUUAAUGUGGGCAGUGCAAGGGUCCCCAUUCCCACGAACAGACCAAAUGGGACUACUAUGCCCUCCACUUCAACAGCAAUGCCUCAUUCUCAGAGCCAAACUGUUGUUGUUGAGAAUCCUAUGUCCGUCAAUGAAAGUGGCAAGUUGGUGAGCAAUGUUGUUGUUGGAGUCACGACUGAGAAGAAGUGAUCCGACCAAAUUUGGCAAUUUAUUGUGGAAUAGUAAUUAGUGGCUAUUAUACAAAAUCAUGGUUUCCUACAGCUUUGAGGAUGGAUGUGGAGAUGUUUUGUGAAUAUGGAAUUGGCUAUUAUCGAUGCCACAAAUUUGCUUUAUCAAAAUUUCAAGAAAUUGAAGUGUUUGACUUUGUAUUGAGACGGUAGUAAAACUAGAAAAGAAGAUAUGUUUAUUGUUUGGGAAGCCAUAUUGAAUAAUUGACAUUUCUGGCUGUGGUCCAAAAAUCGUGGGUAUAAAAACGAACAGAGCUGUUUAUGUUGCA